AUGUGUGGUAUCUUUGCUGUCUACAACUAUCAAGGCGAUAUUGAAGCCUAUCGUCAGCGUGCCCUGUAUCUUUCCAAAAAGAUUAGACAUCGCGGUCCCGAUUGGUCUGGUUGUUAUACUGUCAAGAACCACAUCUUGUGUCAUGAACGUCUCGCCAUUGUUGGUGUUGGCUCCGGUGCUCAACCCAUUGUCAGCGAUGAUGAGGACAUCAUUCUCAGCGUCAAUGGUGAGAUCUACAACCACAAGCAAUUAAGACACGAGUUGAAGGGAGAGCAUCACUUCAAGACUGAGUCUGACUGUGAAGUCAUUAUGCACAUGUACAAGGAACAAGACAAGGAUCUCGUCCAAAACUUGGAUGGUUUCUUCUCCUUUGUGCUCUUGGACAAGAAGCGUAACCGCAUCAUUGCUGCUCGUGAUCCUAUUGGUAUCACUACUCUUUACUAUGGUUGGAAUUCCAAGAUGCCCGAAACCAUCUAUUUCGCCUCUGAACUCAAAUCCCUCAACGAAGACUGUGACAAAAUCUUGGCUUUCCCUCCUGGUCAUGUAUACGACUCUGAUACCAAGGAAACCACUCGUUGGUUCAACCCCACUUGGUGGGACGAGAGCAAGAUCCCCACCAACCCUGUGGAUUAUACCAAGUUGAGAGAGUCCCUCGAAAAGGCUGUUCGCAAAAGAUUGAUGGCCGAGGUUCCUUAUGGUGUCUUGCUGAGUGGUGGUCUUGAUUCCAGUUUGAUUGCUGCCAUCGCUGCUCGUGAAACUGAAAAGAUUGCCGCUGGUAUCAAGGGCUCUGAGAGUGAGGAUGACACCUUUGAUGAGAGCGGACCUGCUUUGUGGCCUCGUCUUCAUUCCUUCUCUGUUGGUCUCCCGGGUUCCCCCGAUUUGAUUGCUGCUCGUGAAGUCGCGAAACACUUGGGCACUGUCCACCACGAAUAUACCUUUACCAUUCAAGAAGCAUUGGAUGCUGUUAGUGAUGUGAUCUAUCACCUCGAAACCUAUGAUGUUACUACCAUCCGUGCCUCUACUCCUAUGUACCUCUUGUCUCGCAAGAUCAAGGCUUUGGGUGUCAAGAUGGUCUUGUCCGGUGAGGGUGCUGAUGAAGUCUUUGGUGGCUACCUCUACUUUCAUAAUGCUCCUGACAAGGAGUCAUUCCAUACUGAAACUGUCAAUCGUGUCAAGAACCUGCACACAUCUGAUUGUCUCCGUGCCAACAAAUCCACCAUGGCCUGGGGUGUUGAAGCUCGUGUUCCCUUCCUCGACAAGAACUUUUUGGAAAUUGCCAUGAACAUUGAUCCUGCUGAAAAGGUGCCUGACAGAUCCAUUGGUAAGAUGGAAAAGUACAUUGUUCGCAAGGCGUUUGAUACCUCUGAUGAUCCAUCUGCCAAGCCCUACUUGCCCAAGGAGAUUCUCUGGCGUCAAAAAGAACAAUUCUCUGACGGUGUUGGUUACAGUUGGAUUGAUAGUUUGAAGGCUGUCAGUGAGAACAAGAUUUCUGAUGAGGAUUUCGCUCAAGCUUCAGCCAAAUGGAAGAAGGAUGCUCCCACAACAAAGGAAGCCUACAUGUACCGUGUCAUGUUUGAUCAAUGGUAUCCCCAAGAAGCUUGUACUGCCUCUGUUGUGAGAUGGAUUCCCAGAGCUGAUUGGGGUUGCCCUGAAGAUCCCUCUGGCCGUGCUCAAAAGGUUCAUGAACAAGCUUAUGAAGUCAAGAAAUAA